CCCCUCCCUUUUUCAGGAGGUUUUGUAACAGGGCUUUUGCAAUGCCGCUUUGUGAAGCGCUUCUGUCUCCUUCUGACUAAGAGUUCGCUCACAGCCCAUCCCUCCCAGGGGGGAGACAAGGAAAAGGGCCGGUGCAGUCUGGCUCCGUCAUCUUCUCUUGACUUCUGCAUUAAUACAUCUCGAGGAUUUUGUUUUGUCUUUUCCGGGACAUGAAAUUCAUGAAUGCAAACUUUAACAUUUCAACCGCUCUCCUACGCUUUCUCGGCACAAACCUCGCCAGUGGGUUUGCUGCCCUUGCCAACCUUUGGGGAUGAAUGUCGCCUUUAUGGCGCUGCCUUUCAUCCCUGUGACGUAUCUCCCUCAGCUUAACCACGGCUGGACAACAAGAUGAUGUUGUGAGGGCCAGAACAAAGAUGGGUGGCUCAGUGGGAGGACCAGCGCCCAACUCUUCAGUGCUGAGCUCCGGUGGGAGCCCAGCCUCUGCAAAACAAAGUUGAGAACAGUCGCUUUGGAGGCAUCAGGAAUAUGAGUCUGCUCUUACAAUGCAACUUUAAUUCUUCAUAAGCAUAGGGGCAUCUCGUUCUUUGGAGAUUCAGUUUUGCUUAGAGGAAUUUCUAUCUCCGUGAUAAUAAUAAUAAAAAUAGCCCAACGUAUCUUGGACAGAAGGACAAGUUCUGCGGCGAGCGUUGCAGGAGGAGCUGAGCAAUGAGGUGGUGGCGAACACAUUGUCCCGGGCAUGUGAAGAAAGGAAGGAGACUUGAGCUAAAACGAUGAGCGUGAAUCACUUGGGGGCUCUGUCCUUUGUGAGUAAUGCUGUGAAUCUGUGGCUCCCGCAAGAAUGCUCUCCCAACCCACCCGUGCCAUACUGAGCGGCUGUAGAGCCACGUCUCUGAGCUGCGCCUCCAGUUGGGUGAGCUGAAGUGUUGACGUCCUCGGGUGCUUGCUAAAAAUACGAGCACGCUUCCCCGUGUGCAGUAUUAGCGCAGCUCAGCUCUUGUCUCUGGCAUCACAGUUCUGCGAGGAGCCAAGCGGGCGCACAUGUUUGAGAAAAGGAUUUGUCAUCCACAAGCUGUCGUGGUUCCGUGACCCCGUGUGCUGGGGGGAAGCUCUGCAGGUUGCAGAUUUCCUUUGUGGUCACCAACAUCGGUGGGGAUGAGAAUUAUUAUUAUUUUUAUUGCACCGUGCAGAGUACUCAAUGGAAUAAAGUUAUUGAGACUCGGGGAGAAGGAGUUGUAAGCCGUAAUACUGCGAGUUCACCUGUUCUGAAAGACACCUUAAACCUUAACAUAAUUAUUUUGGUUGUUCCUCUUGUGCAAGCAGAACACGUGAAGCUGACACCGGGGACUCUGACCUGAGCUGGCACAGCUCUGCAUGCACCUACAGCCAACUCAGCCUCAGAAUUCUCCUCUUUGCUCGGUGGUUGGCAUGCGAGUGGCUUUUCCUUCAGCCUUUCUCGUCUGGCAGCAUUGGGCUGAAGGGAUGGUGCAGCACCGAAUGGCCCUGGGUGUCUUGCAGGGCUGGUGAUGGAAGGAUGAAUAGGCUGUGAGCGCGACACAGUUGGGUUUGGGCUCCAGUAUUCCUUGUUCGAACUGAAGUGGGUGGGAAGGAGGAGACGGAAGGCACUCCUGGGAUGUUUGAUUCCUUGCGUUCCAGCUGUUAGACGCGGAAGGUUUAGUGGAGAUCAGAAGCAAAUAGGGGUCUUUGGCAGAGGCAGCCGUGCUCCAUGAGAGCCUUUUGACACUCUGGGAGGCACUGAAGGAAGGCUGAAAUUUGCAGCUCGAAUGUGAGCUGCGAUCUCGCUUGAUUGAGCAUUUACAAUGCAUCUCGAGCAAAAUGAAAGCUUUGAAAUCUCCCGGAGGAGAGGCACGAAGGCAGUAGAGCCGGAGGGCGCGGAAGCAGCAAUUUGUGAGCCCCCGAGGCAUUGCCUCACCCCAUCAGAAUGGUUCCACGAGGGAACAAGAGGGCCAUUGUGGGAUGGGUGCUCAGCCAGAUGUUUCCAGCGACCUCGACAAUGGCCCUUUUCAUUUCCUGUGCCUGAAAUCAGAUUGAUAUCACUCCGGAAUGAGGGAGGCGGGCGGUGGAGGCUGCAGCUCUGGGUAAGGAGCCUAUUUGGUGCAGUGAAUGUCCCAUGGGAGCAAGGGUGGUGGUGGAGGCUGUGUUGGACCAGGAAGAGGGAAUAAAUACCCCAAUCUCUCCGAAGUGCAUGGCAGGGGCUAGCAGGAGGGCCAGCUAGCUCUAACUUCACUUAUCCUUGCCGGCCUUGGGGAAAACGCGACACGGGUUGGAUUUCUGAGACCCCUAAAUGCCAGGAUUCGUCUCAAAUGUUUGGCUGGAAUGGGUGGAAAUCAUCGAACCUCGGACCCGGGAGCGCAUGUACGCCAACCUGAUCACGGGGGAGUGCGUGUGGGACCCGCCGGCCGGUGUGCGCAUCAAGCGCACCAAUGAGAACCAAUGGUGGGAGCUCUUCGACCCCAACACCUCCCGCUUCUACUACUACAAUGCCACCACGCAACGCACGGUCUGGCACCGCCCGCAGAACUGCGACAUCAUCCCUUUGGCCAAACUGCAGACCUUGAAGCAGAACACGGAAUCUCCUCGAGCCUCCACUGAAAACAGCCCCGGCCGGAGCAGCAAUGUCAGCAGGGAGGGCAGCACCAGCUCCUCCUUGGAGCAGGAGCUGGAAGGCAACGAGAAAACGGGCGAGACGACGAGGUCGAGCCGGCAAUCGGCCCCGUAUGCCGCAGUGAAGGAAGAAACGGAAAGUUCGUCGCCCUCUGGAGUGUUUGAGAAAGAGUGUGACAUUUAUCGGGAUUACAACACGGAAGGUCAACUCCUCCACUACAGGACGUCCUCGCUGCGCUGGAACGCCGGCACCAAGGAGCGGAUGCUGAUCAAGGUGACGGACCGUGAGCCCAGCUUCCUGCUGCACCAGGGCAACGGCUUCGGCCCCGACGCCGCUCCAUCCGCGCGCUCCCGCCGCCCCUCGGGGGGUCAGCAAUCCCCCAACCUGCAGAGCUUCGCCCCCGACGCCGACAACUCCGUCUUCUUCCCGGAGAGGAAACCUUCACCCUACCUGAAGAGGGCUGAGCUGGCUGGGAGCUGCUCGCCUCUGCUGGGUCGGGGCGAUUCCUUCUGCUCCCCGCUGCAGAGCCAACACCACCGCAAAGCGUCGAGCGAAUCGCAGCCCUCAUCGCCGCGCUACGCCUACGAGCCGCCGCUCUACGAGGAGCCCCCCAUGGAGUACCAAGCGCCCAUCUACGACGAACCCCCCGUGGACAUGCAGUACGAGGCCGGCGGGGGCUACAAAGCCGCCUCCCCCCAGAAAUCGCCCAUCCGGAAGCCUCACCCCUUCCUCCAGUCACCCAAGCAAGGCUCCAACUCGCCCUACCAGCAGCUGGUGCUCACCAAGCAGAAGUGCCCCGAUCGCUUCAUGAGCCUGGAAUACAGCCCGGCGGGCAAGGAGUACGUCCGCCAGCUGGUCUACGUGGAGCAGUCGGGCUCCAGCCCCAAGAUGAAAUCAGGGCCGCGCCACAAAUACUCCCCCAACCCCAUCGGGGGUUCCUACUCGCUGCAGCACAGCCCGUGCCUCCUCCGCGAGCAGCGCGCGGACCUCAAAUCCGGCGACUACAGCAGCAUGGAGGCGGCCGACUUCUGCCCCGACGACUCCAUGUCGUGGUCCAGCCAGCAGGACACCAUGUCCUCCACCGGCUACUCGCCCUCCAACAGGAAGAGGAAGAGCCGAAAGCCUUCGCUGCCCCACCACGAACCCAACACUCCGUCGGCGGAAGGGGAGCGGGACGGGGCGGAGGAGGAGCGCUGCGGAUCCGCACGCGCCCAGCUCAACCGAGCGGAGAGCAAAGCGGUGGAAGCAGAGGGGGAAGCGGCGAGGGGCUUCGCUGAGCCCUUCCUGGCGCAGGCACGCCUGGCCUGGGAGGCCCAGCAAGCCCACUAUCACAUGAAGCAGCGCAGCAGUUGGGAUUCCCAAAAGGACGGAUCGGGCUACGAGAGCGACGGGGCUCUGCCGCUGCCCAUGCCGGGCCCCGUGGUGCGCGCCUUCAGCGAGGACGAGGCGCUGGCGCAGCAGGACAGCAAGCACUGGAAGAGGAACACCUUUGAGAAGCUGGGUUUCCCUCAGAUCCUGCUGGAGAAGAGCGUCUCGGUGCAGACCAACCUGGCGUCCCCCGAGCCCUACCUGCAUCCGUCGCAGGUAAUGAGGGGGGCGGUCCCGGUGUUCUGGGGGUGUCCUCGGGGUUCAGGGGUGGCCCUGGAGCGUUUGGGAAUGUCCCUGGUGUCCUUGGGGGUGUCCUUGGGUUUUAGGAGUGUCCCUGUUGGCUGGGGAUGUCCACAAGCGUUUGGGGUGUCCCUGGAUUUUGGGGAUGUCUCCAAGCGUUUGGGGUGCGCCUGGUGUUUGGGGCUGUCCUCAAGAGUUUGGGGUGUCCCUGGUGGUUGGGGAUGUCCACAAGUGUUUGGGGUGUCCCUGGUGGCUGGGGAUGUCCACAAGAGUUUGGGGUGUCCCUGGUGGUUGGGGCUGUCCUCAAGAGUUUGGGGUGUCCCUGGUGGUUGGGGAUGUCCACAAGUGUUUGGGGUGUCUCCAGGUGUCUGGGGGAGUCCUUGGGGUUUGGGGUUGUCCCUGGUGGUUGGAGAUGUCCCCAAGUGUUUGGGGUGACCCUGAGCGUUUGGG